AUGGCUUUGUCUCUGGGCAGCAGAAUCGGAUCAUCCGUCUUAAUACGACGGCGUUUUCCGGUCGUCGGCGCGUUUUGUGUACUAAGCUUGAGUUUUUCAAGUCUCUCCUUCUCUUCUAUUUCGUCGUCUUCAUUCAAAUCGGGUUGUGCCCAAUCGUCCUUCUCUGUUGCCCCUCUCUUAAGGUCUAAGUUUAGCAAUAAGGCUUCGUCAUCUGGUGGAACGAUCAAAAUGGAAGAGAGCAGCAAAACUGUGCCCAGCAUUGUUGUCUAUGUCACUGUUCCCAACAGAGAAGCAGGAAAGAAGUUGGCUAAUAGCAUAGUCCAAGAGAAGCUUGCGGCGUGUGUGAACAUUGUGCCAGGUGUUGAAUCGGUGUACGAGUGGGAGGGGAAGGUUCAGAGUGAUUCCGAGGAGCUUCUGAUAAUCAAAACGAGGCAAUCUCUUCUAGAGUCUCUAACCGAGCACGUCAAUGCAAAUCACGAAUACGAUGUGCCAGAAGUAAUUGCAUUGCCUAUAACUGGUGGGAGUGACAAGUAUCUAGAAUGGUUGAAAAACAGUACAAGGAACUGA